CGUCUAUCAGCUGCUAGGAUAAAUACUUCGACCGGCCCGACCAGUACUCUCUCUUUGUCCCAGACCAUUCUAUCAGGGUCUCUCGUCAGUUCCGGAAGUAGAGCGAUUGUUCCCGCUGCUUGCACUCUCCCAACGAUAAGAAGCAUAUCCCGAAGAUCAGACAUGUCUGCACCCCCGUUUGACACCAGCAAGCGCACGACGUUCACGCAGGGCCCGAACCCUUCUUUCCAGUGGGGAACGCGCGUCGGAUCGUCCGAACUCGGACGCCAGUGGCUCGAGGGCGAGAAGGAGGGGUGGACGGGGAUUGAUACGGCUAAGGAGGAUCCUAUGAAGCUGUACAAGCUCAUGAUCAGUGGCAUUACGCCCCGCCCGAUCGCGUUUGUUGCGAGCAGAGACGAAAACGGAGUGGACAACCUUGCGCCGUUCAGCUGGUUCAACAUGGUAACCGCGCACCCGCCCCUCAUCGCGUUCACCGUCGCCCGCGCUGGCGGCAAAGACAAGGACACAGCCGCGAACGUCAAGAAGACGGGAAACGAGGGACAGGAAGGUUUCACAGUGAACAUUAUCAGCGAGCCCUUCCUUGAACAGGCGAACUCGUGCGCAGUCGAUGCGCCUGCGGGUGUGUCUGAGUGGGAUCUGAGUGGGCUGACUAAAGGCGAAACUAAAGUCGUCAAGGUGCCUCGGGUGCAGGAGAGCGUGUUCAGUAUGGAAUGUGUCCUCCACCAAGCCAUCGACAUAAUACACCCGACAACCAAAGCACACACCGCGACACACAUCCUCGCAUACGUCAAGUACAUCCACGUCCGGAACGACAUGUGGGCCGGCCCCUCCCCCUCCGCAGCCGCUACGUCUGGAUCGCGCGAGGAGCGGGGCGGAACUAUUGACAUCGAAAAGUUCAAGCCUGUCGGACGUGCAGGUGAUAUCUCGUUCACGCGCACGGGUGACGCUAUGAGGAUACCGAGGCCGGCGUGGGCGACGGAGGAAGAGACAGUGAGGAAGUUCUUGGAGAGUGUCAGCGGGGACGCGAGGAUGUAGAUGUAAGAGUACCCAGGAAGCGGUGAUACCUUUAUUGACGAAACUGCAGAGCUUCAAAUCCAACGUAUACAACCUCCCGGUCCGUAUCUCAGCAUGGUAACACAUACUCAUGUUUGCGUCAAGCAAUACUUUUCAUAUACUGCGUGCAUGCUAUGACACUGAGGCCUCAAUAUUGGGAACAUCUCUAUCUACUAAACGUACCCCACGGAUCCUGUCAACUAAAUCCUACCCUCUCUU